AUGUUGUUGCUAUUUAUUUUCAUUGUGCCUCUCAUAGGUUAAACCUGUUUCAGCAACAAAGCAGCUGUUGAUUGUAAAUAUUUGAAGUGUUGCACUGAGGAAGGCUUCUGUGCUGUAUAUGAGAGUGAAUGUUACUACAGUGCUGAGAAAUGUAUAAAUUUUUAGCAUCUCCAUUAGACUCAUGCGAUUAUGCUGAAUGUGAUUAUUGUUGUAUUUACAAUGGAGAUACUGUUGAGUGUGGAACCUAAGAUUAAUGCUUAGCUUGGAUUUUCAUUUUGUUAGGUUCUUGGCUAUUAUUAACAUUAAUUGUAAUUUUUGCAGCUAUCAAUCGUAAAAGAAAUAUAGCCACUCGUAUGAUUCUGAUUGCUGAAAAGGCUAGACUAGUUGCAUAAGAUAAUUCAAGAAAGUCGAUAGUCUCAUAAAUAAUUGGAUCAGAAGAAUAAUAUGGGAAAGAAUUUUAAAUUGAUAAAGAUAACUAUAAUUUGUAAUUAUGA